UUGUGGCGCCAGAGUGUGCAUUUUGAUAUGGAUGAUGCGGAUGUUGUUUUGUUUUAUGGCCCUCCCUUAGUGGGAAAGUCGUCCCACUACCAACAACAUCUGACCCCCGGCCAUGUCAGGCUGUCUGCACAGGAACUGUUCCAGCAGGACCCGACCUUGUCUCUCCGACAGGUCGCCAUGAAGGCAGUGGGGCUGCUCAGACAGGGUAAGAAAGUUGUAAUCGACGAUGAAAACUGGUCCAGAAACACGCGGAUGUCCUACACCAAACUGAUCAGCUGUAAGACACCUGGGAAGAGCAUCAGGUGCCUCACGUUUCACCCGCAGGACAGACUGCAGCUGGACUGGGCCAGGGAGUGGGCAGCCACGGGGAACAAAGGUCAGGGGUCGCAGGUCAACUGGAAGCAAGUUGAUGCCAAGAUCGACGCCUGGUUUGAUGAGAACUGUUGGCAGAGUGGUGUGGAGAGACCAGUACCACCAGCAGAAGCCGAGGGUCUGUCAGUUGACGAGCUCCACACACAGUUGAUUUGUCAAACACACUACAAGUUUGAGGUGCCCUGUUUGCUGGUCCAGUGGGAGGCAAUGGUCCAGUCCACGGGAGGCAGACUGGUCCUGAGGGACAGCUUACAGGACAUCCUGCAGCUGUGGACAGAAGCCAACCCCUGUGGGCACAUCCUGGUCAUUGUGGACGGGCAGAACAACAUGGCGGGCACACAUGGAAGCACCAGUAGUCAGCAGACCAUCCACCUGAAAUCUGUGAUGACAUCAUUGUGUCAAGAGGUCUGUAACUUUCUUACAUGAAUUGAUUACCUGCUAAUCAUUGUGAAUACAAGAACUGGA